AUGGCUAACAGAAUUCCUUUUAUAGAAGAAUCCGAGGAGGCUCACCGCAAGAUGCAGGAGGGCCCUGAGAAGCACGAGGGUCACCUCUCUCACGAGCUGAUUGCCGGUGCCGCUUCGUUCGCCGGUAUGAAGGCCUGGGAGGACCACCAGCGCAAGCAAGGCAAGACCGUCAGCCACUCUUUCGCCAAGGAAGCCAUUGCUGGCAUUGUCGGUUCUCAGGUCGACAGACUCAUUGAGACCAAGGGCAGGGACAAGAUCGACGAGAUCAAGGCCAAGAAGCACGCCAAGGAGAACGCCGAGCGCAUGUACGAUGAGCACUAUAUUCAAGGACAAAAUGCUCCUCACUACGACCCUCAGGAGCACAAACCCCAUCCGUCCUUCGACCGCUGGUGA